ACGGCACGGCCAUCACGCCCUCGUCCUACUAGGCUGCCACAUCGAACCUCUCGCGUCUCGUUUCCACCGCGUGCCCACCACACACCCAUACCAGUCGAUGCGUCUUCUAAGGUACGACGAAGAUGGCCGCCUUACUAUCACCAGCUUCGACGAUAA